CACAUACACACACACAUACACACAGGAAAAGCUGGAGACAGUCUCCACAGCACCUCACACAGCAGCCUCAGUGCGGCUCGGCGGCCCAAACGGGAUCCUCCUCUACUUUGAUAGUUGCUUAAUUACUCAUGUGAUGGCAGGCAGAUGUCUGGGAUGCUCCAGCUCAAAGUUCUCCUGAAUAACUCGCUGACUGACUGAGUGACAGGAUCCGAGGGGAGGCAGACGUUUAAGGAGCGCCCUGGCAUGUACGUAAUUGGAAUUGUCUUAUCUGUGAAUCAAACAACGUAACACAUUCAGCAAUGGUCCCUCUGACCCUACGCACAUUCUUGCUAACAGCCAUCAUGGCCUCCAGUGGACUGACUCAAGCAAACAUCACUGAGGAGGUCACUAGCACCCUCUUUCCCAUCUCCACCAUCAAUCCCAUGGGACCCAUCAGCCAAGCGGGAAAUCUCCCAGGCUCUCGGAGCCAUUUAGGAAACAAUCGCAACAAAUCCUUUCCCUUCUGUAAAGAACAAACUUCCAUUACAGAUACCUUCAAGGUCAUCAAUACCUUCAUCUCGUGUGUGGUAUUUGUGGUGGGCUUGGUGGGAAAUGCCACAGUGCUGAGGAUUAUCUACCAGCACAAGUGCAUGAGAAAUGGACCUAAUGCUCUGAUAGCAAGCCUGGCACUGGGGGACCUCAUCUACAUCACCAUAGACAUUCCCAUCACCGUGUACAAGCUUCUGAUGGGAAAAUGGCCGCUGGAUGACACCAAUUUUGGAGUCUUCCUGUGUAAACUGGUUCCCUUCCUUCAAAAAGCAUCGGUGGGCAUCACAGUGCUGAACCUGUGUGCACUCAGCGUGGACAGGUACAGGGCUGUUGCCUCAUGGAGUCGUGUUCAGGGAGUUGGCAUUCCUUUACUCACCGCUGUUGAAAUUGUGGUUAUCUGGGUGCUGUCAGUCAUUCUGGCCGUGCCUGAGGCUAUCGGGUUUGACGUGGUGACCUUCACAUACCGCAACAUGACUAUGCGUACCUGCAUGCUCAAUGUUUCUGAGUCCAAAUUCAUGCAGCAAUAUGUAAUCGCAAAGGACUGGUGGCUGUUUGGAUUUUAUUUCUGUAUGCCACUGGCCUGCACAGCAGUUUUUUACACCCUCAUGACCUUCAAGAUGCUCAGCCACAGGAACGGAGCUCUCCGGAUUGCCCUAAGUGACCACCUCAAACAGAGGCGAGAGGUGGCCAAGGCAGUUUUCUGUCUGGUUUUGAUCUUUGCGCUCUGCUGGAUCCCCCUGCACCUCAGCAGAAUCCUGAAGAAAAUGGUGCCCAAUCCUCUUGAUGAAAACCGCUGUGACCUGUACAGCUUCCUCUUGGUCCUGGACUAUCUUGCCAUAAACCUGGCCACUGUCAACUCCUGCAUCAAUCCCAUCGUCCUCUACUUUGUCAGCAAGAAGUUCAAGAAUUGCUUUAAGUCUUGCUUGUGUUGUUGGCGCAGCUCAAAGAACCAAGUCACCAGCAUGGGGCAGAUGAAUGGCACAAGUAUCCAGGGCAAAACCCAAGACCCCAAAAACCUCCAGAUUGAUCGUGCCAUCCGGAAGUACAGCUAUUGAACAAAUUGAUGAUCUAUACUGCAUUACAUUUACUUAUUUUGGCAGAUGUGUUUUUAAAUCUAAAGUGACUUAGAAUUGAGCUGAGCAGACGUAGAGUGACAGCUUGAUGAUCCUGGGAUUCAAACUCACAACUGUCCGAUACGUAGUCCAGAGCCCCUAACCACCGAGUCACCACUUCCCACUCAUAGUGCCACCUCUGGUCUGGAAGACCAAGUGAAUUUUGUCAGAACCAAGAUAUGCUGCCAGGAUGGAAGACACCGCCCAGUAAUCUAUGAUGUCUGAAGUUAGGCGUUCAGAGGAAAUUAGUGAUAUUCUGUGCUGGACACAGAGUGACCGAAGCUGCUUAUACUGUAUACUGUAUAUAUUUGGCUGCACACUACACAAUGGAGCUGAUGUAUGCAAAGUCCUUCUCCCAGAGCAAACAUUCCCAGAAUCUUCUGCGGGGAUGUUUUGCCGUGAGAGACAGGGCAAGGGUGGAGGGGGGUCAGCAGGAUGCAGCUGAACGUCAACUAUAAAUGAAUCCAAUCAGAGGCCCAAGAACACACAAUAACUAGGCUACACAAAUACAUGCAUAAGCUAUGUGUAGACUUUCUCAAGGGACAGGAAACUGGAGGAAGGAAGAGUUGAGUAGUGUUUUACAAAUCCUGUAUAUGGGUGUAAAUAUGGACUACACUAACAAAAAAACCUCCCUCUUCCUUCCCAUUGCUGCUUAUGAGUGCUUUCUAAUUUCAGAUCUAUUCAGAUCCAGGAAGACUUUACUUUCAUUACUCGCAUCCCUCACUUCAGACUGUCUAAACAUUUUAAAUAGAUUUUUACGAUAGGUUGCUUUGAAAGGGAUAAGUCCGUUUUGUACAGUGCAAUGGAAAAACAUUUUCACAAUCACAGAUUUUCUGCAUUUUUGGGCAUGGAUAUCAAGACAUCAAUUUUUAGCAUCCAGAUCAGAUUUUUUGCUGUUGGAUUUUUGUGGACGCAAGCUCAACAGCACCGCCAGCGGUGAUAAGAAAAAUACACAGAAUGGUAUGAAGAAGCAAGAAGAGAGACUGGGGCUGAUUUCUUUCUAGCCUAGACUGUAGAUUCAUGCAGCCUGUCAUUGACAGUCAUGUCUCUUGUGUGUUGGAGAGAGUGUAUCAAAGCUACAAGAUCAUAGCAGCUUUGCCUGCCAACUAGCAUUCAACUCAACACCUAGCAUCCAACCUAGCUAGAUAGUUAGUAAAAAAUAUGAUGACCAAUAAUGGACAUUAACAAUUAUAUGAAAUUUUUUAAUAGACUUCUACAAUGCCUGUAUUUAGAGAAUACAAAUCUACAGAACACAGAGGCAUUUUCAUCCAAAUUAGAAGGUGACUUGUUUCUUCGACUAUUGAGUACCAAAAACUGUAGUGUGUAUGUCAAACACAUGUAGUCAAAAUUCUGCCCUUCCAAGUGUCUGCUAUUACUGUCAUGUUAGAUGGAUGAGACCAAAUGAGCAUAGACUGCACACAGUGUUCUGGUUUCUGCUAGUAACCAGAAAGAUCAAACUUUCACCCAUCUGUUUAUAGUUUUAUAAAAAACUUCCGGAUCUUUUGAUGAUCAUCCAAGUGUUUUAUUCCAAAGCUAAACAAAUACUCAUGUUCUUUAUGUCCUGCUGCUCCACCAAACACUGCAUUUUUCCGGAAAUUUGUUUUUUUUUUUUUUUUUUUUACAAGCAGGGUCAUGAACUCUAAUAUAUUCUGAUAAAUUCAGACAGACAACUUGUUUUUUCCAUUUAUACCUUUCUUACAUAUGACAUUGAUCAAAAUCCAGCCACUUUGCCCAUUUUUGUUUGAAUUUGUCCCUAUUUUUAAAAGCCCUGUUCUUUGUACAUUGCUUACCAAAUCCAAAUUAGAAAUAUAGCUACAAGAAGCAAUUAAGGGACCAAGCACUUUCUGGUCCCACCCGUUUGCAGUGGAGGAAGACCAGAUGCCACUGGAACUAGGUACCACUGGGAACAUUAGCACUAGUAAAUACAUCAAUCCGUUGUUGAGAUAUGGCCUCACAUUGUUUAGGAACAGAUUUGUUCACAUGAUAUGGACAAAGUGUUUUGAAUAUUAAACAUCCAACAAGCAAGUUUUGUUUGGGGUGGCCUCAUGAUUCUGUGAACCAGUGAUCCUCCAAAAGAUGUAUGCCAGUAUUACUAAUCUGGUAAUCAUACAAAUUUGCUCUUCAUUUACAACUGCAAUUAUUUUUUUCUAAUCCCAAAAUGUACCAGUAUUCUAAAUUUCCUUUUCAAAUUAAUUCAGAGAUCACCAUUCAUUAUCAAAAGACCUUAUUAUGGACAAUGUGCUGAAAUGCAGAAAAUCAGAGAUGGUGAAAAUAUUCACUUUUUCAUUGCACUGUACACGAAUUGAGGUAUUUCUGUAUAAAAGUGCUUCCAUGUUUUAAUACCGCUUCAUAUAAUCCUAUAUAAGUGUUCAGAAAUUCUCUGUGAACACAUAACCGAAAUGAGAAGGUGCUCCGACGCGUGAUUAAUUGUUGAAGGAACACACACAGUGGGUGAUUGCUUCCUGAAGUCUUCCAGCUGGGUUAACUUGUCUGGUCUAGCCAUUCAGUUAGAAAUACAGAGGAUAAUGACUUUUGACCCUCUUCAGAUUUUAGAAUUAGCUCACAGAGGCUAGCCAACUUCAACAAACCCUUGGUAAUAAUGUUGAAAAAAACAAAAAAGAUCAUUCCUAAGUUCAGAGCGAGGGCUUGGGAACGAAGAGGCCUCUGCAUAAAGUGAAAAACAGCCAAGAGGUCUAAAAAUGUCUCUUUACUUAUAACACUGUGAAUCCUUAUGCUUACCUAUUACUCACUGUGUAGACAUGUUGUAUUAUUUCUUUUGUAUAUAUUUACGCUGAAGUAUAUAAGUAUAUGAAUAUAUUCUGAAAUUUAGCAGCAGUUAUGGAUUCCUCGUUUGAAAGUUAAAUAAACCAGCGUCUAUGAAACUUUGCAGUAAAUAGCAUCAGGGACAGCUGGAAUUUAUUUGGAUGUUUAAAUUCAUGAAGUUGUUUGGAGCGAGACGAGGAACGAGAAAUGAUCUUUUUGUUCAGCUGUUGCAUUGUACAUGAAGAAUAAUUGCACUUUUCAUAAAAGAUUAUUUAGAUUAUUUAGAUUUAGGUCUAUAUUGUACAACAUUGUACACACUUUUACACUAUGCAAACCAGUGCCAGUGUUUUAGUGUCCACUAAACAUAUUAGCUUUUUAUUUUAAUUUUAUAUUAUUAUUUUUGGAUAUAGUCCUGUCACAGAAUUGAUCAAACCACUUCAGGAAAACUCGUUUCUGAUUCAUUUCCAAUCCAGGUCACAUCAGAGUUAACCUCUGACCUACCCAAGGUCAUGUGAGUGCCACCUGAGGAUUCAUUCCUCACUGAGACCUAGAAAUGAAUAUUAAUAUAUGACAGACUCAUUAAGUUGUUAUUCAGAUAAUAUUUUUGCUCAUUAUUGGCCUGGUAUCUGCAUGUCUCAGUGUUAUUUUAUGUGUUUCAGAGUGUUUAUGUAUAGUUUGUAAUUUUUUUUUUCAGUAAAAUAAAAAUCUUAUACAAUAUAAAA